AUGGAACACGAAGAAAGGGCUCUUCUAGAAUCCCGCUACCAGAGCGAGCUAGAAUCAGUGAAAAAUAAAGUGUCACGGAUGACUAAUCUGCUUGAACAGCUGUUAAAAGCAAAAAGUGGGGAGGGAACAUCUGCUCAGCCAGCUACAAGUUUGCCUACAACAUCUCCAAUUAUAGGGGCAGAGUCUGGCAGUUUCAUCAGCCAAGAUAAGAUAUCUGCAUUAGAAGAACGAUUGAGAGCUGUAGAAGGACAUGAUUGGUUCGACCCAAUGCGAGCAGCUGAGGAUCACAAUGCAAUGCCAUAUAGCUAUGGUUAUACCGCGAACACUCAAGCCCCAAUCCCUUUAUUUCAUACUGAGAUUAGUAGGCUAACACGGAGUGGCCGUUGUUUUACUCCCGAGGAGUUAAAGAAAGCCAAAAGCAAGGAAGUGGUGGAUCUUGAUAAAGAAACAAAGGUAAAUAAGCCAGUAACAGAAGAGGAAUCAAAUGAAUUUUUGAAGUUGAUAAAGCACAGUGAGUAUUGUAUAGUAGAUCAACUCAAAAAGACUCCAGUAAGGAUAUCUCUUACGUCCUUGAUACUAAGCUCAGAGCCACAUCGAAAUGCCUUACAAAAGGUACUAAAUGAGGCGUAUAUACCCCAGGACAUUGAACAGAAAACUAUGGAGCACCUGGUAGGGAGGAUCCACGCUUCUAAUUACCUAUACUUCACAGUUGAUGAAUUAGAUGCUGAAGGAACAGGACAUAACAAACCUUUGUAUAUCACCAUAAAAUGCAAAGACUGUCUUGUUGGAAAAGUACUCGUCGAUAACGGCUCAGCUCUUAAUGUACUGCCGAAACAUAUGCUGAAAGAAAUGUCAAUCGACGAAUCUCAUAUGAAGCCUAGUACCAUGAUAGCAAGAGCAUAUGAUGGUUCGCCUAGACAAAUCAUUGGGACUUUGGAGGUAGAGCUGUAUGUGGGACCACAAAUGUUCUUAGUAUCACUCCAAGUGAUGGAUAUCCACCCAUCCUAUAGCAUGUUGCUGGGAAGACCUUGGAUUCAUGCAGCUGGGGCGGUAACUUCAUCAUUACACCAAUGUUUGAAAUAUAUCAUGAACGGGAUGUUAGUAACCGUUAAAGCAGAGGAAACGAUCUCCAUAAUAAAGAAUCUUGCUAUACCUUUCUUUGAGGCAAAAGAUUGUGCGAGUGAGAAUCUUCAUGCCUUUGAGAUUGUAAACACUGAGUGGGUACCUGAAAGCACAAUGUUAAGAAAGUCGAGGAUUUCAGAAGCAGCAAGGAUGGCAGCUAAAUGUUUUUUGGAACAUGGAAUCCCAUUCCAAUAUAACCCUAUCACUAAACUACCAAAAAGGAUUAAGCCAAUCAAGAUAAGAUGUGCUGACCAAAAAUUUGGUUUAGGAUAUAAGCCUAAGAAGGAGGACCAUCGUUGGGCUGCAGAUAGACGAAGAGAACGAAGAAUGGCUAGAAUUAAAGGAAGGGAGCUUGAAGAAGAAAAACUAGAAAUCCCUCCCCUAAUGGUGUCUUUCCCAAAGGCAACAUAUGUGAUGCAACCAGAUAACAGAGCAGAAGAUGUUGUUCAAAGGGUGGUAACUAUGAGCAUCAACACCAUGGAGGAAGAUAAGGUGGAAGGAAGUAACACGACAAUAAUAGUGGAAAGGGAAGAUGAAGUGCUACCGCAACUGACUGUUCAUAUCCUAGAAGAACUCCCCACCAAGACUUUUGUGCGAAGGCUGGCUGAAGGUGAAAAGUUUCAAAACUGGGUGACCCAAGAAGCCCCAGUAGUGUUUAAAAUGAAUCCUGAAAGCGGAUCUUCCCCGACAUCACAUACAUUUAACAUCAAGAAUGAAUGGCCAAACUUUAACAAAUAUGUGACAAUGAUGGAAGAAGAAGAAUGGGAUGAAAACCUCAAAACUAUAAAUGUGGGUAGUGAUCAAGCUAAAAAAGAAUUGAAAAUAGGGACAUUGACCACGCCUAAGAAAAGGGCGGAGUUAAUAGCUCUAUUACAUGAGUAUGCAGAUAUUUUUGCUUGGUCUUACGAGGAUAUGCCUGGUUUGAACACAAAUAUCAUGGUACACAAGAUCCCAUUAGAGGAAGGUUGUAAACCAGUCAAACAGAAGUUGAGGAGAGCACAUCCGGAUACAUGGAUUAAAGUGAAAGAGGAACUCGAGAAACAAUGGCAUGCUGGAUUCCUAUAAGUUGUUAAAUACCCACAAUGGGUAUCCAACAUUGUUGUCAUACCUAAGAAGGAAGGGAAGAUUAGAAUUUGCGUGGAUUUUAGGAAUUUGAACAAAGCUAGCCCCAAAGAUGACAUUUUAGUUGACAAUGCUGCUCGUAGUUCCACAUAUUCCUUUAUGGAUGGUUUCUUAGGAUACAAUCAGAUAAAGAUGGCUUUAGAAGACAAGGAAAAAACGACUUUUGUUACCCCUUGGGGAACUUACUGCUAUAAGGUUAUGCCGUUCGGUUUAAAGAACGCAGGAGCCACUUAUCAAAGAGUCAUGGUAACUCUAUUCCAUGAUAUGAUGCACAAGGAAAUCGAGGUGUAUGUAGAUGAUAUGAUUGCAAAGUCAAAAGAGGGAGAAGAUCAUGUUAAGGUGUUGCGAAAGUUAUUCGAGAGAUUGAGAAAGUAUGAACUAAGGCUCAACCCUGCAAAAUGUUCAUUUGGGGUUAAGUCCGGCAAGCUAUUAGGAUUUGUAGUAAGUGGCAAAGGCAUAGAGGUGGAUCCUAACAAAGCAAAAGCCAUCCAAUCCAUGCCAACCCCAAAGUCAGAGAAAGAAGUGAGAGGAUUCUUGGGAAGGUUAAACUAUAUUGCCAGAUUUAUAGCUCAACUAACUACCACAUGUGAACCUAUCUUCCGAUUGCUCCAAAAAAAGAAUCCGGGAACUUGGAAUGAACAGUGUGAGGAGGCAUUCAAUAAAAUCAAGCAUUAUUUGCAAAGUCUGUUAUUGCUUGUUCCUCAUGUGUCAGGAAGGCCUUUACUUUUGUAUCUGACGGUAAUGGAGACAACUAUGGGAUGUGUACUGGGUCAGCAUGAUGAAACAGGGAGGAAAGAAAGGGUUAUUUAUUACCUGAGUAAGAAGUUCACUGAAUGUGAGUCUAGAUACACAGUAAUAGAGAAAUUGUGUUGUGCAUUGGGAUGGGCGGCAAAAAGAUUACGACAUUAUAUGUUGUAUCAUACCACUUGGUUGAUUUUAAAAGUGGAUCCAUUGAGAUACAUAUGUAACAAGCCCUAUCUCUCCAGCCGAAUUACAAGGUGGCAAGUUUUGUUGUCAGAGUAUGACAUAGUGUAUAUGACACGGAAAGCUGUGAAGGGGAGCGUGAUUGCUGACCAUUUAGCUGAUAAUGCUAUUGAGGAUUAUGAACCACUGGAUUUUGAUUUUCCAGAUGAAAAUUUAUUGGCAAUAGAGGAAGAAGAGGAAAAGACAAAUUGGUGGACUAUGUUUUUUGACGGAGUAGUGAAUGUAUAUGGUAAUGGGGCCGACGCAGUGAUAAUCUCGCCUAAUUAAAAGCUAUAUCCAGUUUCAGUUAAAUUACAUUUUGAAUGCACCAACAAUACAACUGAAUAUGAAGCUUGUAUACUCGGUUUAGAAGCUGCAUUAGAGAUGAAGAUUAGAAAAGUGGAUGUAUAUGGUGACUCCAUGUUGAUUAUUUGUCAAGUGAAAGGAGAAUGGCAAACCAAGGAAGAAAAGUUAAAGCCUUACCAGGAAUACUUGUCCACACUAGUAGAGGACUUUGAAGAGAUAAAGUUCACUCACCUGAGAAGAGAGGGGAACCAUUUUGUGGAUGCUUUAGCUACAUUAGCUGCUAUGGCUACAAUUGAUCUCGGGUAUAUGGUGCAACCAAUACACAUUAAUAUCAGAAAUAACCCAGCUUAUUGUUACUCAAUUGAAGGAGAGAUAGAUGGGAAGCCUUGGUAUUACGAUAUCAAGAACUUUGUGCAGAAGCAGGAAUAUCCAGAGGGAGCUUCGCAGGUGGAUAAGAAGACCCUAAGACGAUUGGCCAUGGGCUUUUAUCUAGACGGAGAGAUUUUGUACAAAAGAUCAUUCGAUGGAACAUUACUAAGGUGUUUGAAUGCAACAGAUGCUAGAACGGCUUUGCGAGAGGUCCAUGAAGGGAUUUGCUUAACCCAUGCUAGCGGACUUAUGAUGGCAAGAAAAAUACAAAGGGCUGGUUAUUUCUGGAUGACAUUAGAGAAAGACUGCAUCGAUUAUGUCAGAACAUGUCACAAGUGUCAAGUGCAUAGUGAUAAAGUCAAUGCACCUCCAACCCCUUUGUUCAAUCUGGUAUCUCCUUGGCCAUUUGCAAUGUGGGGAAUUAAUGUGAUUGGGCCUAUUAACCCAAAAGCCAGCAAUGGGCAUAGAUUCAUCCUUGUAGCCAUUGAUUAUUUCACGAAAUGGGUAGAAGCCUGUUCAUACGCUCAUGUGACUCAGAAAGUGGUAAAGAGGUUCAUAGAGAAAGACUUGAUUUGUCGUUAUGGGCUGCCAGAAAAGAUAGUGAUUGAUAAUGCACAGAAUUUCAACGGCAAAAUGAUAGUGGAGCUUUGUGCUAAAUGGAAGAUCAAACAUUCAAAUUCCUCACCAUAUAGGCCAAAAAUGAAUGGGGCCGUGGAAGCAGCCAAUAAGAACAUCAAGAAAAUCAUUCAAAAAAUGGUAGUCACCUAUAAAGAUUGGCACGAGAUGUUGCCAUUCGCUCUCCAUGCAUAUCGCAUUGCAAAGACCUCGACUGGAGCCACGCCAUAUUCAUUGGUAUAUGGAAUGGAGGCAGUAAUGCAGUUGGAAGUCGAAAUCCCAUCAUUAAGGGUGUUGAUGAAUUCAGAGUUAGAAGAGGCUGAAUGGACCAAAGUCAAAUAUGAACAGUUAAACUUCAUUAGUGAAAAGAGGAUAGCCGCCAUCUGUCAUCAUCAACUUUACCAGAAAAGAAUGGUUAAGGCAUAUGACAAGAAGGUUAGACCUCGUGUGUUUCAAGAAGGAGAUCUAGUGCUCAAGAAACUUUUAUCUUUACCAAGAGAAGACCACAGCAAAUGGGCUCCAAAUUAUGAAGGUCCUUAAAUAGUAAAGAAAGCUUUCUCAGGCGGAGCUCUGAAAUUAUCUAGCAUGGAUGGAGAAGAUCUAACCAGACCUAUGAAUUCUGACUCUGUAAAGAGAUAUUAUGUCUAA